AUGACUAAGUUUUCUUCUUUUUUUCUAUGUUUCCUACUAGCCGGGACUUACAUGACUCCAGACUGUUUUAACAUGGAUAUUAUCGGAGGGAGAGAAGUGUCCCCUCACUCCAGGCCAUUUAUGGCAUCCCUGCAGUACGGCGGCGACCACAUCUGCGGGGGAGUGCUGAUCCAUCCUCAGUGGGUGCUCACAGCAGCCCACUGCCACUUCUGGUUUCCCAGAAGCCAAUCUUCCGAAGUGGUUUUAGGAGCACACUCCCUCUCAAAGAAUGAGGCCUCCAAGCAAACAUUUAAGAUUAAAAAAUUCAUAAGAUUCCCAGGAUUUACAACAGACCCUAAAUCAAAUGACAUUAUGCUGGUUAAGCUUCACACAGCAGCAAUACUCAACGAACAUGUCCAACUGCUCCACCCAAGAGCUAAAACUGAUAUUAAAGCUGGAACAAAAUGCCAGGUUGUUGGCUGGGGAGCCACUGAUCCAGAAUGCUUAAGCCCUUCUGAUACCCUGCGAGAAGUCACUGUCGCUGUCAUAAGUCGAAAAACGUGCAACAGCCGAGAUUAUUACAACCACAACCCUAUUAUAACUAGAACCAUGCUAUGUGCAGGAGACGCCAGAGGCCAGAAGGAUUCCUGUCAGGGUGACUCAGGGGGCCCCUUGGUCUGCAAAGGUGCCUUUCAUGCCUUAGUUUCUGGAGGUCGCAAAUGUGGUGAUGCCAAGAAACCUGGAAUCUACAUCCUAUUAACCCGGAAAUACCAAGCUUGGAUCAAAAGCAACUUGGCCCCAUCUCAUGCGGACUAA